AUGUCCGGCCGCAUAGCGGGUGCCGUUAGGAAGUUUUCAAAGAAAAACCUCGGAUCUACCGAAGACUCAGCCGAAAUUGCUUCAGGAGGUGGAGGCAGACGUCUUGGCGAUGCACAGCAACAUGGCUCCUUCAAUGCACUCGAGAUCCUGGACGGUGGUGGCGGAGGGGAGAAAGGCAGAAAGAGGAAACCCAAAAAGGAGGCUAGGAAGAGAUCCCCAAGAGCUGGUGGCAGCAAGCUUGGAAAUAUUGGGAGUGUGGCCGGCUCCACUGUGUCUGGCAUGGUGGGCAGCCUCAUGUAUAUGGCUCCAGAAGUUGUUCGUGGUGAGAAGUAUGACGAGAAGGUCGACGUGUUCGGCUUUGGCGUCAUCAUGUACGAACUGUUUCGCAUGGAGCUCACGAUCGUCCGGGUGCUGUCGGGGUGCGCCACAGCGGGCGAGAUGGAAGUCAAGAUGCAGAGAUACGCCCACAGUGUGUCCAGGGGCCACAGGGAGGCAAUCCCCGCCCACUGGCCGUCAGCCAUCAAAGAAUUGAUCCAGCAAUCCUGGUGCCAUGACCCGAGGCAGAGGCCCAGUAUUGGCCUCGUCCUGGACAAGCUGGCAAAGAUUGCCAGCUCUGGGGAGGUGGAGGAACUGGAUGCCCAGGUGGAUGUCGAGCUGACAAUGGAUCAACGGUCGUCGAACUGUCAGUGCUGUGUCGUCAGCUAA